GGAGACAAGUAUGGGGAGAGUAACAAUUAUGGCAAUCUAGGCAAUGCUUAUUGCAGUCUUAGUGAUUUAAAAAAAGCCAUAGAGUACUGCAACCUGCAUCUUAAAAUUAGUAAAGAAGUAGGAGACAAGCAUGGAGAGGGUAACGCUUAUAGCGAUCUUGGCAAUCUGUAUUGGAGUCUGGGUGAUUGCAAAAAAGCAAUAGAGUACUACAACCUACUUCUUAAAACAGCACAAAAAGUAGGAGACAAACGUGGGGAGGUUAGUGCUUAUAGCAAUCUUGGCAAUGUUUAUAACCAUUUGGACGAUUUGAAAAAAGCCAUAAAGUACCACAACCUUCAUCUUAAAAUAGCCAAAGAGGUAGGAGACAAGCCUGGGGAGGGCAAGGCUUAUGGCAAUCUUGGCAAUGCUCAUGACGGUCUAGGUGAUUUCAAAAAAGCCAUAGAGUACCACAACCUAGAUCUUAAAAUAGCCAAAGAAGUGGGAGAUAAGCAUGGGGAGGGUAGUGCUUAUAGCAAUCUUGGGAAUGCGUAUCGGAGUCUGGGUGAUUUCAAAAAAGCUAUAGAGUACAACAACGUACAUCUCAAAAUAGCUAAAGAGGUAGGAGACAAGCAUGGGGAGGGUAACGCUUAUGGCAAUCUUGGCAAUGCUUAUUACAGUCUGGGUGAUUUCGAAAAGGCCAUAGAGUACCUUAACCUACAUCUUAAAAAGGCUAUAGAAGUAGGAGACAAGCAUGGGGAGGGUAACGCUUUUGGCAAUCUUGGCAAUGCGUAUCGGAGUCUGGGGGAUUUCAAAAAAGCCAUAGAGUACCACAAAGUACAUCUUAAAAUAGCUAAGGAAAUAGAAGACAAGCAUGGAGAGGGUAACGCUUAUGGCAGUCUAGGCAAUGCUUAUGACAGUCUUGGUGAUUUAAAAAAAGCCAUAGACUACCACAAUCUACAUCUUGAAAUAGUAAAAAAAGUAGGAAACAAGCAUGGGGAGGGUAGUGCUUAUAGCAAUCUUGGCAGUGCUUAUAACAAUCUGGGUGAUUUCGAAAAAGCCAAAGAGUACCACAACCUACAUCUUAAAAUAGCCAAAGAAGUAGGAGACAGGCAUGGGGAGGGUAACGCUUAUGGCAAUCUUGGCAAUGCUUUUGACAGUCUGGGUGAUUUCAAAAAAGCCAAAGAGUACCACAACCUACAUCUUGAAAUAGCUAAAGAAGUUGGAGACAAGCAUGGGGAGGGUAGUGCUUAUGGCAACCUUGGCAGUGCUUUAUACAGGCUGGGUGAUUUCGAAAAAGCCAUAGAGUACCACAACCUACAUCUUGAAAUAGCCAAAGAAGUAGGAGACAAGCAUGGGGAGGGUAUUGCUUAUGGUAAUCUUGGCAAUGUGUAUCAAACUCUGGGAGAUCUGAUCAAGGCCAAAAAUUCAUACGAGCUAAUGCUCAAAAUUGCCAAAGAGGUCGAAGCCAAAUCCUUGGAGGCAACGGCCUACUAUUCAUCAGGAUGCGUUUUUGAGUUGCUUGGUCGACUGCCAAAAGCCGUUGAAUAUUACCAAGCUAGCAUAACCUUGUACAACUCCUUGAGAGUACUUCUAGAAUCUAAAGACGAAUGGAAAAUUAAUUUUCGAAAUCAGAAUCAAAUGGCGUAUACGGGUUUGUGGAGAGUUCUCGUAGAACAAGGUAAUAUAGAUGAAGCUCUACUUGCUGCUGAGAAAGGACGAGCUCAAGCUCUGAACGACCUCAUGGAAUCCAGUUUUUGUGGUGGAACAAGUCAGCACGAGAGAGGCGAUGAAGAUUUAGCGGUUUUAGAAAACGUUCCAUCAAACACUAUCUUUCAGGCAGUCGGCAGAGAUAACGUCAAUCUUUGGGUUGUUUCCGAAGGAAAGCAAAUUCAUUUAAGACAAAGUAAACUUAAAGGUUCUUUUUCAGAGAAUAGGGAAGCCAGUCAGUCCUUUGAGUCGUUCAUGUUCGGUGUCUACACGCAACUGGGUGUUCGUUCUAAUGUGAAAUGCGAGAAUCGAUCUUUGGAUGCUUUGAGGGAGAGCCGUCCAAAAGAAUAUGAGAAAACUGAAGAAGACAACCCUCAACUUCCCAUCCAACAAAACGAAUGCUUGAGCACUUUGUAUGAUACCGUCAUGAAGCCGGUGGCUGACCUGAUACAAGGGGAUGAGCUACUCAUUAUUCCUGAUGGACCCCUGUGGCUCGCUCCUUACGCUGCAUUCAAGGAUGGUAAUUCUAAGUACCUGUGUGAAUCGUUCAGAAUUCGACUCGCUCCAUCAUUAACAAGUCUUAGACUCAUUGCCGAUUACCCAGAUGAUUAUCACGAAAGCAGUGGUGCGUUACUUGUAGGAGAUCCGUGGGUAGCCGAGGUUACAAACAGAAAGGGAGAGAAAUUCCUCGGGCCGCUUCCUUGUGCUAAAGAAGAAGUAGAAAUGAUCGGGAAAAUUCUGAAUAUCACGCCAAUCACUGGCAGACAGGCCACGAAACGUGAGGUCUUGCAAAGACUCGGAUCCGUUUCCUUAGUUCACUUUGCGGCACACGGAUGUCUGGAAACUGGCGAAAUUGCUCUUACACCUAACCCAGACCAAAUAUCUACUGUGCCUACGGAGACGGAGGAUUACAUUUUAACGAUUCGAGAUGUGUUGAAUGUUCAACUUCGCGCCAAACUUGUUGUGCUCAGUUGCUGCCACAGUGGUCAGGGCGAGAUCAAGGCUGAAGGUGUGGUUGGCAUUGCGCGCGCUUUUAUGGGGGCUGGUGCUCGGUCUGUUGUGGCGUCCCUGUGGGCGAUUGACGACGAGGCUACUCUCGAGUUUAUGAAAUGCUUUUAUCAACACCUUGCAGAAGGUAAACCUGCAAGCGAGUCACUGAACCUGGCCAUGAAAAGCCUCAGAGAAUCAGACGAGUUCCGCGACGUCAAAUACUGGGCGCCCUUUUUGCUGAUUGGAGAUGACGUCACUCUCGACUUCAUCGCGUAG